CGCAAUCUCGCCUUAAUGCCCUAAAAAAGAUUCCCUCAAUUUAUAAUCACUUAGAUUUUAGAUAAACCACCAACACAAACUUGCCCUCAUCCAUCACUAAGUAAUUUUCUAAUCUUCGAGCAUUUAAUAAACUUGAUUUUAUAAAAAAAAUUAAAGUUAGGUUUGUACUCGCCAAUAACAAGUAUCAGAGUUGAAUUUGCGAAUGCCUUUAGUUAGCAGUCAGAAACAUUAAUUGUUUUUUCCCAAGAGAUAAAACACAAAUGAUUCUGCCCUCUUACUAAAGGCAUUCGCAAUUUACGCAUUUGCUAAUAUUUGAUCGCGUCAUUGGGCUGAAAUUAACAUGUUUCGAUUGGCUGUAGAGACACUGAAACUUGAAGUUUCGAUGCUGGUAUUAUAAAUUAGUAUAUUACACACCGAGGAAGGAAAGUCGGACAUUCCAACCCACGGGUAUAUUAUAACACGCGGAUUGGGAUGUCUUACUUUCGUCCGUGUUGCCUAUACACAGAAAAAAAAAAUUUUCGACUGAAAGUAAAUAUUCUUAAUUCAAAAAAAUUUUUUUGGAAACCUAAAUUUUCUCAGAUAAAGUAGAAAUCAUUUCCGACCAAGACAAAUUCUCUUGGAUCAAGAAAAUCUUGACUUGGUUCCCGAGUACGUUUGUCUUCAAAAAUAUUUUUUUGACUCAAGAUAAUUUUUUUUUCUGUGUACAAAUUUUCAUCAGACUUGCACCUAUGUUCAACUCCGACGUUUAUUCACAAUUAUAUGAAGAUGAAGAUAAAUUAGCAUCUUUGGCACUUGAUACUUAUCCGGAUGAAACAAAAAAAAUAAGACACUUAUAUAUUGGCUCGGAAAACUUAGCAAUUGAUCAGUUAUCAUUAAAUUCGUACAAUGGACAAUCGAGCGAUUACGGGCAAUAUUAUUUAGCAGAAUAUUCAUUGUGCGAUUUAGUUCACGAUAUUCUUGGAACAAACACAGUUUUUAAAAGUAAACCAAAACCAAAUAUACCAAUACCUGAUACAAUAUAUCCUAAAAUAUUGAUAAUUGUCGAUCAUAAAAUAUAUAAAAAGUUCAAUGAUGAUACGAUAGUGUCAUAUUUAUUGUCAUUUUGGAAUGGAGUCGAGCUGCUUUACCGUAAAUUAAAAAAUCCAAAGUAUAAAUUAAGUAUCGCUGGAUUUGUAAUUGCUAAGGAUGCAGAUGCUUUGGACUUUUUGCCGGCCACUGGAAACAUCAAUUACGAAGUGACAUUAAAUAAGAUUAGCAAAUGGUUAAAAAAAAAUGUAAAUCAUAUUCCAUUUGAUAGUUACGAUACUCAUAUCGUUAUGACACCUUCACGUGAUUUCAAAAAUGAAGUGCAGACAAGUACAAUUGGAUUAGCUUCAAUGUCAAGUGCUUGUCAUGGUAUAAAUAAUAAUAUGCCACUAGGAGGAAUAAUUUAUGAGCCGGGUAAUUUAGCCAGUGUCCUUACGGCCGCUCAUGAAUUGGGUCAUAUAUUCGGUGCAAAUCAUGACGGAUUUUUUAAUUGCGGUAGUGGUCAUAUAAUGUAUCCAUCUGCAGGAUCAAGACCAAUGACACAAUUUUCUGAGUGUACAAUCUCAGACUUUCAUAAGUUUCUUCGAGAUAAAGAUGCAACGUGUAUGUUCAACAAACCUGAUUAUGGUGAAUUUAUAGUAGAUGAUAUGAAUGAAGUAAAUAAUUAUAAAGAGCCUGCUUACAACGAUUGUGAAAAGACUGAUUUGUAUAAGACACCUGAUAAUUAUCAGAUGUUAUUGAAUUUAACGGAUUUUAAUCUUAAUAAAUUGGUACGUGUGUAUUAUAAAAAUAAUUUAUUAUAUGCAAGUCAAUGUAAUGUCCCAGAUGAUAGUAACGAUGUGAACAAUCAAGUUAUUGGACCAGAUUUACAGUACGUUGGAUCUGAUAAGGUCACUAAGUAUCUUUAUCCAUCGAGAAUAAAUCCAGAUAAAGAAAUUGUCAUGAAACACGUUGACUCAAUGAUAUAUAUUUAUCAGGGAGUAGAACCUAGCAUUGAUGUGCCUGAUGACAAUAAGAAUUUUCCCAAACCUGUAGCACAAAAACCUGACCAGGUUUUCAUGGCACCUGAUCAUAAAGCUGAAACAGAUCAGGAUCAGAACUCAAGUAAAUCUGAUAUUCCGGAUUAUAUAUCCGAUGAGCCUGAUUAUAAGCCAAACAAACCUGAUUACAUAAAUAUAGAUAAUUAUAAACCACAAAAGCCUGAUAAAUAUAUAUAUGGACCUAACAAUAAAACAAAGAUACCGAUAUACUAUGCAACUGAACCUGAUCAAAAUUCUGAUAUCGAUAAUAAAAAUAUAAAUAAACCAGAUUAUCAAGAUAAAAAACCUAAUAAUAGGCCAAAGAAACCUGAUCAUUCUAUUGAUAAACCGGAUGAUCGUAUUGAUCACUAUGCUCAAGAAGAUAUAAAACCAAAUUUAUAUGACCAAUCAGGUCGUAGACGUACAAAGCUGAACUACAAUUCUGAUGAUCCUGAUAAGGAUCCAAAAAAUACUGAUCACAUACUUAAAAAAUCUGAUAGCAAACCAAGAAAACCAGAUAUAUAUAAAGAACCUGAUCUUAAACCAGACUAUGAUGACCAAAGUUCCGACACCAAUGACCAAUCAACUGAUCAUCAUAAAUCUGGUGAGGAAUUAGAAGAAACGGAUUAUCCAGAAGAAUCUAGUCAGAGGUCAAGAAAAGGUCAUUACAACUCGGAAGAACUUGAUCAGCAAACAAAAAGAUCUCGGGAUGGUCAUAAACCUGAUCACAGACCAAUAAACACUAAUUACAAUCGUAGCAAACCUGCUAAACCAGAUCGUAGACUAAGGAAACCAGGCAAUGACCAAAAUAAUUAUUCUAAUGAACCUGAUCACAGGCAAGAUAUGCCUGGAGAUUAUUAUAAACCUGAUCGCAGAUCGAAAACUACUAAUGACAAUCGUAACAAACUAAAUAGAUCGAGUAAUAGCUAUAAACCUAAUCAAAUACCAGAUCUAUCUGAGGACCCUGAGGAACCCGAUCAUGAACCAGACAUGCCUGACGAGUAUUAUGAACCUGAUCACAGAUCGAAAACUACUAAUGACAAUCGUAACAAACUAAAUAGAUCAAGUAAUAGCUAUAAACCUAAUCAAAUACCAGAUCUAUCUGAGGACUCUGAUGAACUUGAUCAUGAACCAGACAUGCCUGACGAGUAUUAUGAACCUGAUCACAAAUCGAAAACUACUAAUGACAAUCGUAACAAACUAAAUAGAUCGAGUAAUAGCUAUAAACCUAAUCAAAUACCAGAUCUAUCUGAGGACUCUGAUGAACUUGAUCAUGAACCAGACAUGCCUGACGAGUAUUAUGAACCUGAUCACAAAUCGAAAACUACUAAUGACAAUCGUAACAAACUAAAUAGAUCGAGUAAUAGCUAUAAACCUAAUCAAAUACCAGAUCUAUCUAAAGACUCUGAUGAACCCGAUCAUGAACCAGACAUGCCUGACGAGUAUUAUGAACCUGAUCACAAAUCGAAAACUACUAAUGACAAUCGUAACAAACUAAAUAGAUCGAGUAAUAGCUAUAAACCUAAUCAAAUACCAGAUCUAUCUAAAGACUCUGAUGAACCCGAUCAUGAACCAGACAUGCCUGACGAGUAUUAUGAACCUGAUCACAGAUCGAAAACUACUAAUGACAAUCUUAACAAACUAAAUAGAUCGAGUAAUAGCUAUAAACCUAAUCAAAUACCAGAUCUAUCUAAAGACUCUGAUGAACCCGAUCAUGAACCAGACAUGCCUGACGAGUAUUAUGAACCUGAUCACAAAUCAAAAACUACUAAUGACAAUCGUAACAAACUAAAUAGAUCGAGUAAUAGCUAUAAACCUAAUCAAAUACCAGAUCUAUCUAAAGACUCUAAUGAACUUGAUCAUGAACCAGACAUGCCUGACGAGUAUUAUGAACCUGAUCACAAAUCAAAAACUACUAAUGACAAUCGCAGCAAACCUAAUAAGCCCAAAAAUGAUUAUAGACCAGACCGUAGACGAAAGAAAUUAAGCAAUGACCAAAAUAAUUAUUCUAAUGAACCUGAUCACAAGCUAGAUAUGCCUGGAGAUGAUCAUGAACCUGAUCGCAGGUCGAAAACUACAAACUACAAUCGUAACAAACUAAAUAGAUCGAGUAGUAGCUAUAAAACUGAUUACAGGCUAAAUAAACCUGAUGAUGAAAAAAAAAAUAAUUCUGAUGAGCCUGAUCACAAACCAGACAUUUUCGAGGAUGCUGAUGAACUCGAUCACAGUCCUGGCAUGUCUGAGGAUUAUCGUGAACCUGAUCACAGUGUAAAAACGACAAAUAACAAUCGUAGCAAUCUAGAUAGUUCGAGCAAUAAUUAUAAACCCGAUCACAGGUCAGAUAUCUCGAAAAAUAAUUAUGAACCCGAUCGGAAGCUAAACAAACCCGAACUGAACGAUCACCCGUCGAUCGAUCCUCCAGUUAAAGACCUACACCAAUCAGUCCCAGAUACCAGUACUCUUUUCCUUACUCCCGAUAUGUUUAAUCCUGCAAAACUAGUCGUUGUCACUCACAAAAAAAAACGAUUAUACGUUAAACAAAUAGAUAUUUCCCUAGACGAUGAUUAUGAUAUCUCUUCAGAAUAUAUUGAUAUUCGCGAAUCAAUACCCAAUGGACUUUCUAAAAUAUUCCACCCACGUCAAAUCAAUCCUAAUAAACUAAUUAUUAUUAAUUACAUUAAUAAAAAAACAUAUAUUAAUGUCGUCGAUCAGUGAUAUAUAGAUAAUUAUAUAUGAUAAGGAAGAAGGGAGAGGGCAAAAUAGGGUACUUAAGGAAAUACUGUUUUCGAAGACUCAAAUACGAUAAAACUUUUUUUUAAUGAUAUUCAAAGUAAGUAGAAAAAAUUUUCAGCUGCCGAUAAAAAAAAAUUCAUUUUUGCGGGUAAAAUUGUAUCCCUAGUGAUGUGAGGCUGACCGUCAGGUCAUUUUCUACCGUCAUGUCAUGGUCACAAGACCCUCAGCGGACCGUUCAUAAAAUGACGGGCCGUCACAAUUGUGGCGACAUCUUACAAACGCUUUUCUAACUUUUGGACAAAUUCAAAUUUUGAAACCGCCAUUUUCUUAAAAAUACCACGAGAGAAGAAUACGAAGGGAAACUAAAUUUCUCAAUCAUUUGCAAAAAAGAUUGCGUCUAAUUAUCUAGCUGGUUAUGACUGACCAAAUUCAUGACCAAGCCCAAAUUCGUGAUCAAAAAUUUGAUGACGGUCACAAAUCAUCUAGCUAGAUGCGACUGACCAAAUUUGUGACAAAAAAAGUUUUGACGGUCCGAAAUGACGGACUCUGACUGGAAAAUUUGUGACGGUCAUUUCGCAAUAGAACAGGCUCGUCAUUUAGGUCCAUCGGUCACAAGACCGUCAGCGGACCGUCUUGUGACCAAAACUCAAAAUGACGGUCAUUCCGCAUCACUAGGUAUCCCCUAAAACAGAUAAAAAUAAAAAUUUCUGAAUAUAAAAUUCAUUUGAUUCAAUUAAAUUUUCUUAUAAUUAAUUUACAUAAAGAAAAAUUACAUUUCACAUAAUUAUUGAAUGCAAAGUAAAAAAAAAAAAAAGAUUUUAAUUAAAUUUAAAAUUUUAAAAAAUUAUAAAUAUUUUCAAGCAGAUUAUUGAAAUACAUCUGAACUAAUUUGACUCUGGGAGAUCUUUUAUUGUAAAUUGAUAAGAAAAAAAAUCAAAUUGAUUUUGCUCUAUUUUUUUACAAAAUCAAAAUUUUUCGAAAACAGUAAAUAAAUAAUAAAUAAUUCAAAAUAAUGCUCAAUUAUAUCUACAAAAAUAAUUUUGAAAUAUUAAAAAAAAAUUUCUUGUAAAAUUUUGGAAAUACCUCGUUUUGCCCCUCGCCCCUUGCUCUUCUCUACAUAUGUAUGUGUGUAAAUAUGUAAAUAUUUAUUUUUUGUAACUACGAAAUAACUGUGAUAUUUAGAAAUAAAUUUAUGAAUUUUGUAAUCACCAUGAUUUCAA